AGCCCUGUAGGUUGGUCAGGACGAGGAUGUCAUGUCAAAUGGUUGAAUGACUCCAGGACAGAAUGCAGCUGCAAUCACUUAACUCACUUCGCAGUUCUAAUGCAGUUUGACACAGAUUCCGAACUGAAAACUGGCCAAUACAGUAGACUGCAAAAGGUAGGGCACAAGACAGAAAGAACAGAAGUAAGUUUGUUGGGUCUGGAAAGGAGGAUCCUGAACGCACAUCCCAAACUUUUUUCAUCGCUAUUUCGAAUAUCAUUUUUUUCCAAACUCGCAUCCGUGGCUAAAUUUCAGCUUAUCUUACUUCUCGUCUGGCAGUCACAUUCCGUGUCCCGUCAACGUUUUCCCAAAUUUUGCACUGUAUUUGGUUGAGAUCCUGUUUCCCGGAAAUACCCUUCCAGACACUGAGGAAAGGCUGGCCACACCAUCGGGGUCUACAUCCUCUACUUUCUUACUAUCUGCUUCCCGUCAAAUCUCGAAUCCUAUCAACGUUUUCCCGAAUCCUGCACUGUAUAUUGUUAAGAUCCCGCAUCCCGGCAGUAUCCUUCCAGACCAUGUGUUUAGGUUGUCUAGUCGAUUAAUCAUGUUGUUAUACAACACGCGUUAUUGGGGUCACUCAGGCGGGUUUCGGGGAGCAAAUCUGAGUGGAAGACAAGAGAGAGGGAGGAAAAGAGAAAAAUAACGCCUGUAGACAGGUUAUUGUUCCUCUCUUCCAAACGUUCAUCUGGCGAAAGCUGGUUUCUAUUGGCUGAGAGAGAGGCAAUAUUUCUCUCUUUUCCCUCCUCUCUCUUGUCUAACGCCUCGUACUGGCGGCUUAAAACCGGCCUGAGCACCCCAAUAACGCCUGUUAUGCAGCCUAAGAAUAAAUAGUUGUGCCUAGGAAAUUAUCGUUUUAUUGUGUAAUAGUGGUGUUUUGAUAAGCGUGUUUAUGAGGACACUUUUUGUUAAAAAUCGAAAUGCCCGCCAAAAUCAUCAAAUGACCCGGUUUCACUGCAUGUGUGAAGUUUAAUCUCCUAACCGUACUGAAGGAGAAUAUCACUUAUAUUUUGUCCUGAAAAUAUCUGAGUAAAAGUGAACAGAUCUUACAAAAGAAAGAGGUUAUAGCUCAAAAUGUUUUUGAGAACAAAUUCGGAGAAAAAUUAGCCUGUGUGCCAGCUGCUCGAAAGCAUGUCGGGCUCUUGAGAACAAAAUUAGCCUGCAUGUAAGGCCAACAUCCAUUCAUGCAGCUGUCUGGUACGGUGGAGAUUAAAUGGUUUUCCGGUUGUUUUGUAUGUAGAAAGAUGAAAAGGUGCUGAAUAUUCUGACCUACUUGGGUCUUACCCUUUCCUUAAUCGGAAUCAUAGCGACAGUAAUCUGCUACACAUUUCUGACGUAAGUACAUGUAACAUCUUUUUAAAACAUAAUCAAGUGUUUCAACACGGCUCCUUAAGCCCAAAUUUUGAACGUUUUCCCUUCUCAGUCUUUAAUUUUUCUUAUCUUAUCUUUUCUUAUCUCAUUAUAUCUUAUCUUGUCUUGUCUUGUACUUUAUUCUAAUGAAUGCUUUGUAUUGUAUUGUGUAACAUUGCAUUGUAGGUUAGUGUAUCGUAUUGCAUUGUAUUUUACUGUAUUGAAUUGAAUUGCAUUGUAUUGUAUGAUAAUUUGUUUUGUAUAGAGCGUUUUCAUAUGACGUAACGGAGGCCAUUAAAAAAAAAAAAAGAACAAUAAAAACUAUAAAACGGCGGCCAUGUUGGUGUUCCAAACCAUUCUUGUGUGAGUUGAACUCUUUUCUUAUGUAAACACUUUCUUUUGUUCAAAUAAAUUUGCAUAGACGCUGGUCACGUGAAUGAAAGACGCUCUAUUGCGUUGCAUUGUUAUAAUACACAUUUAGAGACAUUUCUUUGUUAGACUCACCCAGAGUGGUUUUGUUGAAGACAAUGUAGUUGUUUAUCUUUACACAGCGAUAUUAAAGCACCACUGUCACAAAUCCGGAUAAGUCUUGUCGCUUCCCUUGGAGUGGGCCAAAUAAUCUUCCUCGCAGGCAUUGGAGCGACUGAAAACAAGGUGAGAACUCGUUUAAGCGCUGAUCAUAAUCACUUUAGCCGAUUGACCACUACAGAAAAUACCCUAAUAUACCAUAAUACUCUUCGUUAGUCACUCCAAAAGUUUGCAUAAGCAUUGUUUGCAGUUUCCGUCGUGGGGCCAUUUUAACUCCCAAGAGAAACUGAAGACAAGGCUUAUGCAAAAUUUUGGAGUGACCAGCAAGAAGUAUUAUGGUGUGUUAUGGCAUUUUCUGUAGUGGUCAAUUCGUCACUUAAGCAACGAGAAGUGAAAUAGGCCGGACUAACUUUCGCAAAGACUUGGGACUGUUACUAGUAACACGGAAAAAAGGCCAAUAUCUGACCGGUGCGUUCCCAGUAUUUAUAAGGGACAUUAAAAUCUAACAACGAGACCGCAACGAGAAACAAUUUUGCUCGUGCAUCACACUUUUUUUACAUUUCUCUUGCCGUUUUUGCACGACUACGACGUGAAAAUGCGUAAUUUCGUGUUUUAUGGAGAACGUAAACAAGUAACGGCGAAAUUUUAUUUCUCUUUCUGAACUUGGAUAUGGUCCCUUGGAAUUCAACUUCAGGAGGGUUUGCCUACAUUUGACAAAGUAAGCGGGUAAAAAUAAUCGCUAUAAAAAACUGAAAGAACGCAAAUUUACUUUUUACGAGACGUUCUCGUUGCCCUGGCAUCGUUGGAUCUUAAAGUCCCUAUUAAGGAUCCCAGAGACAAUUCCGGGUUGCAUAUCUGCUCCACUUUCCUUCUCGUUUCUAAGGGACUGUUUACAUGGAGGUGGGGAGCCCUAGGUAGGUGAGGUAACCUGCUAUGGUGGGGUAACCGACCUGUCCAUAUAAUUUCUCACAUGGUCAUUCCACUUAUCAUGUAAGAGCGAUCAAAUGAAUAUGAGAGGUUGUAUGGACAGGCGGGUUUCCCCACCAAAGCGGGUUACCUCACCUAUUUGGGGUCCUCCACCUCCAUGUAAAAAGGCCCUAGGGUGACAAAUUCAGUCCAUAUAUUGUACUUUAAAUGUCUGACGUUUUAAUCUUGUGGAUUCCAUUUACUAUUACUAACAUGGAAACAUAGGGCAAGAUGGGGUUUUAAAAAUUACCUGAGGUCAAUUUAAUAGAACUUUUACAAGUGCAUUAAUUUUACAAGUGUAGCUAUUGUUUUCAGACUCUAAAACAUUAAUGGCUACGCUUGUGAAUUACACUUAUAAAAGUUGAACCCUGGUCAAUCUAAGUAUUGAAGCUUUCCAGGGUGUUUUCCUAGAAUUUUUCGUCCUGGAAACUAAAGGUACAAGGUGAUAACAUUGUCCUUCCAGUAUGCGAGUUUUGACUAUAUGUUGUACUUUGCAGGGCGUCUGUGUGACAACAGCGGCCCUGAUUCAAUAUUUCCUUAUGGCGGCUUUCUGUUGGAUGUUAAUGGAGGGAAUUUAUCUUUACUUGUUUGUUGUCAAAGUUUACAACGUUAGCAGUAAGAUGAAAAUUUGUCACGGAAUAUCAUGGGGUAAGUGUAAAGGGAUAAAUUUGCAUUUUAAUUUCUCAAAGUUUGGGCAAAGACGAGGAUGAAACUAGUGUCGGACGUAAGACUGAAUGUAACGGCGAAAAAAGGAACACAAUAGCGUCAACGUUUCAAUUAAAUUUUAUCGAAGAAGCCAAAUUGACAGACCCAAUUGUCAAAUUUUGUUCGUGAUAAAUCCCUGAAACUCAUUUUCUGACGACCUUUGCAUAAACGACAUUCUAAUGUUAUCGAUGUUUCACCUUAUAGCUGGCAACAAUUCUCCUCGCGAAUACCUCAACGUGUGUUUGAAGUUUCAUGCUUGUUAUUCAGUGUAUGUAGAGUGAUGUUCGCACUUUUGAGUUUAUGCGUUAAACCCGAAUUAAUAUUUUGAAUGUUCAUGUAAAUUUUAUAAUUGCACUCCUCCCGCCACACUUUUUAUUUCAGGCUUUCCUGCGGCAAUGGUCACUUUAUCGCUUAGUGUUGCUGCCGGAAUGGACGGAAUCACAAGUUUUGUUAGCGAUGAAUAGUAAGAAGUGAAGUGCUGAAAAGUAGAAUACGUAAAGAUACAUCGUUUUCGUUUACCUGUAAGAGUGAACUACCCAUACCCUUUCUCGUAUAUACACCAUUUGCGCUUCGUUACGGGGAAAUAAAUUUUUAUUAGUAUAGGUAAUGGCAUGAUUUGUUGUGAUAUUUCGAAAUUGUUGUACGUUAUUUCACGAGCCGUUAGGAGAGUGAAAUUUGAGACUUCUUUGAAAUAUCACGAGUGGUAUUUUUGCCAAAUAUCACGUACAAAUCAUGCUAUUAUUUGUUUAUACUACUACCCCCAAAAGGUUUGUAAUUUUCACAUGUAGGUAUUUCGAGUUAAGCUGAAAUACCACUGCUCUAAUAUAAGCCAAUCAACUUGCACAAAUUUCUCAUGUAGUAGUAUAAACGUGUAAAUAUUAUUGAUUUUAAUAAAUUUAUAUCAACAGUUUCGCCAAGAGAGCAAACAUUUGAUUUUGCAGCAUAGUCAUUAAGGAUUUUUUCAUAAGUAAGGCCAAUUUCUAUAGCAGUUUAUCGAAAACAAUAUUCUUUAGUGCGAAUGAAGUUUCAUUUUCCUUGGGUGAAUGUUCGUAUAUGAGAAUAGAUAUAUCAGUUAACAUUUGUCCUUUUGAUUUCCAACACGCACACACACUGGCAGAUUAUAUAAUUUAUUUUGUUUUCGUUUUAGCUGCUGGAUUUCUUCUUCUAACGGAUUGAUCUGGAUAUUCAUCUCGUUUGUUCUUGCGAUUGAGAUCGUAAGUUCACUCAGUAUUUUUUUUUAAUCUGAUAAAAAAAAUAGUGACACAAAAACGCACUAAAAGAAAAACAAAGAAAGUGGUUUAAAGGAUUUGUUUUAACGACAAAGAUUACCUCAGUCACCAUCACGUGGGCGGUGUUCUGAUAUUCCAAUUUAGGUUUUCUAAUUUCUCAACUCUGUUAUUUUUUGCAGAUAAACUUGUUGAUUUUGUUGAGAGUUAUAAGAGAAAUGACAAGAAUGGAACAAACAAAGGACAACCAAGGAGAACAGAUAAGGUCUCACAGAUUUUAUUGCUUGUUUUAAUAGACAUGUGUAAGUACAUGUAAUAUACUGUAUUUGUUACACGCCCGGCUUGAAUGAAGCAAAGAUUCCUUUUGAGAACAAAACAUUGUUUGGUCGUUAAGUGGUCAUGUCAUUACAUUAUCACUACUCAAACUGCUAUAUUGUGUUCCCUUCGUUUUUAAUUGACGACACAAUGAUUUAGCUGCAACAACACCAUCGGCAUUCCACUGAUGGCGGGCAAGGCUAAAAAAGUUGGGACGUUGGAAACAACGAUUCGUCUGUUUAUCUUCGAGAUUUAUGUAUAUUUAAUUGAAUAUCUUAUUUAUUUUGCAGACUUGGAAUCAGAGCUUGCGUGGUGCUAAUUCCCUUACUUGGGGUCACGUGGUUAUUCGGCGCAUUAUCGUCAGCCCACAAAGCAUUCGCUUACAUUUUUGUUAUCUUCAAUUCCACUCAGGUGAGAUGCGAGCCCCAAUCUUUGCGCACCUAUUUUUUAGCUUAAAAAGCAAAUACUUAAUCACAAAUCAAAGUCAAGAAAUUAAAAGAAGAUAAGGCAAAGCUCGAAAUUAUUUCACUGAAGAUGGCCAAGGAUUAUAUAAGUACAUUUUUUGGAAAACUUUGGUGACAGUCUUUCUUAUUUUCCUACCCGCAGGGAUUUUCCAUCUUUCUUCUUCACUGUGUGAGAAAUAGUGAGGUAAGGACAAAAUGUUAAAUGAUUGCAAAUUUUAUCAUCUCGUGUUGCCGAAUUAUAAGUUAAGCAAUGUUUUUAGUAACUCGGAUCCAAACACAGAACCAAAAUCACAAGGAAUUUACGAUCAAACCCCUCGAUUACGAACACCUGUUUAUUACGGAAAGUUCUCAUGACCCAAAAACACCAAUAGCACCAGAGACAGUUGAUAGCGGAACCUCCGCGCGCGGGUGGCGGAGCCUCUACUGCUAUAGAAAAUGGAAAUCUAUCGAUCGAUACGAGAAAAUUUGGUUAUGACGUCAGCGUACGUCCGUCCGUCCAAACUUCCUUACGGACUUGGCAGGGAGCGAUCUUUGAAUUAAUUGUCUUUGAUUAUCCCGCAGAUCAGAGAGAGGUUCAAAAGAAGAAUACGCGUGAUAUUUCCAGCUGCCAGCAAUGGAACUACAAGCGUUAAAAGACACUCUGACCUCAAUGGCAGCAGCAGCGGAAUCCUUUCCCUGCGAAAAAUUGAAGUUAUGCCCAUAAGUACCGAGAGCCUAGUGAAAUCACCAUGAUUGUAGUGUAUAUCUCCAUCACAGCUUAAGCAGAAAACUCAGUUUGUUACCAAGAUAUGCGAACCAGCAAAGAAAGGAAAGGAGCACUCUACUUGCCGUGGACCACAAGCUUAUCUUUUUUUAUAAUCGUUUUAGUAGCAACACGGCGAAUUUAAACCAUUUGGAACUAGCCGUAAUUAUGUUAUGUAUAAGUUUUCAGCAGAGAAUUUGUAAACAGCCGUAUGUUAUGUACAUGUAUAAGUUUUAUUCUUUUCUUCUAAAGUGAACAUACCCUUUGUUCAAAGUACCCAUACUAGAAUUCAAGCAUGGUGCCAGUACGCGAGUACAAGGUGGAGACUUGUAUUGUACUCAAGGUGUGAACACCUGACUGUUUUGUGCCGGUACCUAGGCACUGGCUCCUGGGCGGCAGGCCUGGGAGGCCCCUUUUAAGUUAUAAAUCCGAACUUUGAAAAAACUUAUGAAACGUUACCAAAGAAAGGCAAUUUUAAUUACUGCGCUUUUCAAAAGCAGGCGAACUCUGAAUUUCAAAAGCCAACUGACGUUUGCGUGCUGCCGUCAAUCCUCUCAACGGACCUCUUAGGAAACAGAACUUUCACGGCCUGUUCAAUAGGUCAAAGUUUGUGAUCUGUGAUUGGUGGAUUUCGAUCCGUUUUGUGUGUGUCUGGGUUUCAAGGUUCGUUGCUUGUGAUUUUUAUUUAUUUAUUAUUUUGCCACACACAAUGAAUUACAAGCAGAAUAAAAACGAUAAUAAAUAGGUUAAUUAACAUUGAAUUUAAAAUUUGUACAUUACUCGAGAGGAGUGACUGUGGCGGGAAAAUCUCCGAGAAGACGAGCUAAUGAGGAAUAGAGAUUUCCCUACAUGUGAUCGUAAUUAUGAUUGAAAAACGCAAUUGUGAAGCCGGCUUUUGUACUUUAGAGUUUGCGUGUUUGUGAAAAGCGCUGUAAAAAAAUGCUUUAGAACCUGAGAACAAGAAAUGCUUAGAUUGCAAACUCUGAUUUGAAUGCAUGAAUCGAAAUUUCUCUUUACAUUUCAAGAUGGUGGCCGAUAUAAAAUUAUGACGUCACAGGUCCCCAACAGCUCCAAAUUCAAUUAUAACUACAUGUUUGUUACCUUGGAGAGUGCACCUAAGGUGUAAUACGCGCAGAAAAAUAGCAGAGAGUAGUUUUCAUCAACCAUGUUUAUUCUGAGGGACAAAGUAGAUCUCGAGAUAAACACUAACGAAGUUUAGGCAAAAAUAUCACUCGGGAAGCUAAGAAAAAAACAAUUAAUUGUUAUAUUUAUGAUCAAUUUAGCUAAAGAUCACUAUAAGAUGUAAUCAUUGUCUACAUUUGUAUUUCUGUCAAACCAUCUAUUGUAGAAUGCAUAGCAGGUAGAAAGCAAUUGAUAAUUGCACAGUUAUCUAAAUUAAAAUUACAAUUUUUAGUCACCACAUGAAUAAAAAAAUCACUUAAGAAGUGCUAAAUGUAUGGAACCUCCCUUUUUUGCCCAUUACACGGCGUUGCGGGUACUAGAAGAAAGCAGGUUUCUACGGGAAAAAAUGCAACAAAAUUGAAUUUUGUUUUACUACUUAGGUAAUAUUUCCUUUACGCACUUUGAUAUUUUGCUUUUCUAGUACUUUUGUCUUUUAUUUUUUGCGUCUGGAAGCGGUGGUUAGCGGUGGUUAGCGGUGGUUAGCUCGAAAGCUCAGCUCCUCUGACCACCGUUCACUUCUACCCAAGCCAUUAAUUUUCUUUUUUUCCCUUCUUCUUCUCCUUUAUUAGUGUAUUCCUACCUUACUAUAUAUAAUGUAAAUAUUUUAUAAUAGUGUGAAUAAUAAAAAUUGAAAAUUGAAAAAAAAAAAAAAAAAAAAAACAACAACAACAACAAAAAACAAUAAAAUGUAUGUCGUCUAAAUAUUAGAUAAUAAAUAAAAUGAAAUGUAAAUGUAUUGCUGGUAUAGGUACAUCAAGUAACUUGAGCGCAUUUAUACCAAAAACACUCCUCACGCCUAUAUACGUAAUCUGUGUACAGCAACCAUCCUUUUUGUGGCUUUCAGCUCAUUGCUUAUGGAGACAUUCACCCUUCUCUCAGUCAACGGAACUCGCAAAAUUUUUCUGUAACAUUUGCCCUACAACGCUGUGUGCACUUCGUGUCACACUGUUUGAUUAUCCAGAACCCGCAGCAAUAGCUGGCUCUCGGGAAUUUUGAACUAUAAGCCUUCAUCCUUAAAUAACCCCUACCCCCCUAAAUAUGCUCAGUAGUUUUAUUGGUGGUAGUUGAUCGCAAAAUACGAGAGCGUACAGAAACAAUACCAUCUUUAUUCGAAUAAAAACAUCCCUUGUCCCCAAUCUAUUUGCUAGCAUGCAAUUUUUUUUCGCAAUUGUCGCAAAAGAAAUAAUUGAGGAGAAAUUAUGUCAGAAAAUCACUUACAAAUAUCGCAAAAAUCGCAAGAAUAACAAAUCCAACAAGAAUGAAGACUUUGAAAGAGAAGAAGCCAAGAAGAGCCACGAAAUGUCCGCAAAUAUCGCAAAAAUCGCAAAAAUAACAAAUCUAACAAGAAUCAAGACUUAGGAAAAGAAGAAGCCAAGAAGGGCCCCGAAAUGUCUGCAAAUAUCGCAAAAGUCGCAGAAGUAACAAGGAUUUUUCUUGCCAGCUAAAAACUCCCUUGACAAAUAUCGCAAAGAUCGCAAAAAUAACAAAUGUAACAAAAUUCUAUAUAGACUUAGAAAUAGGAGAAACCAAGAAGGGCCCCGAAACGUCCGCAAAUAUCGCUAAAGUAACAAGGAUUUUUCUUGCUAGCUGAAAACAUCCAUGACAAAUAUCCCUUGUUACUUUCGGCAAUCCCUGUUUAACAAACUAUGGGUAUUGCACUGCAACAUUUAUGUAUAAUGCGAGGAUCUUAUGACCCGUUUUCUUUUCCCCCCAAUCUGCCAUUCUUGAUAUUUUGGAAGGAUCGUUAUGGUGGGUUCUUAGCCAUGAAAAGUUCUGCUACCACCCCCUUUUAUUGCUUAAAAUUUGCCCCCUUCUGUGAGCGACACUCCUUUCUAUGCAUUGUAGCUGUAUGUUGAUGGAAGAACGAAGCAUACACAGAUUCAUAUUACAGUAUUUUGCUACUGUCAGUAAUUAUAAAUGGUGUCACGUUUGUAACUGAUGAUUUCAUUUUCGCGAAAAUGGAACGCAUUACAAAACUGGACAACAACGUAUUCCUGUUGAGAUAACCAUUAGUAUUGGGCAAAAACAGUGAUGCGCGGGUGUUCUUGGCUCCUUUCUUGCCCGUCAACAAUUCUUGCCUAUUCUUGUUACUCUAGCCAGUUUGUGGCAUUUUGCCAUAUUUCGAGGCUCUCCUUGCCCUUUUCUCUUUCUAAGUGUAGAAUUUUGUGAAAUUUGUUAUUCUUGUUAUUUUUGCCAUAUUUGUUGCCCAAUCUUUUCACAUAGCAUGAAAAAUUCUUGUUAGUUUUGCGAUUUUUGCGAAAUUUGCGGACAUCUCAAAGCCCUUCUUGACCUUUUCUCUUCCUAAGUGUAGCAUUUUGUGAAAUUUGUUAUUCUUGCUAUUUUUGCCAUAUUUGUUGCUCCAUCUUUUCACGUAGCAGGAAAAAUUCUUGUUACUUUUGCGAUUUUUUCAAAAUUUGCGGACUUCUCGAAGCCCUUCUUGACCUUUUCUCUUUCUAAGUGUAGAAUUUUGUGAAAUUCCGAAUUUCAGGUACUGAAUUCUCGAUUCUAUCUUAGUAAAACUUGGACUCCGCAUCUCAAUUGUCAGCGGGAUUCCGGAUUUCAAAGCCCAGGAUUCCAGAUUUCACAGUCAAACUUUCUCAGAUUCCGGAAUCCAAUUUACCUUAUAUGAGGCUAUAUACACUGCUUUGCAACAACAUACAGUUUUACAAUAAUAACAAUAAAUCUAGAAAUUCUCGAGCGCUCAUUACUCGGAAGUUACUUUCUAAAACUAUAUUUAGACUGAAAGCAUGAGGAAAAUAAAAUUUCUUCGGUUCGUGAAUAAAUUUGUCAAAACCUCCGCUUUCGUCUCCUGGCCUAUUGCGACCAGUUGAAAGUGUUAAGAUGGAAUCCAUUAAGAAAUUGAAUAAUUUUAAGUUUCAGAGGGCUCCAAUAAGAACCUUUUCUUCGGAGUUAUUUCAUACAACUUAUUACAUUUAUGGCCCUCGAAAAGUGUGAAAAAGAAUGCAAUAUGCUUGAAAUUAUUCUGGUAAAAGGUUUCUGUCCACUGAAAAUUAAAAUUUCUCAAUUUCCUGAUGGAUUUUGUCUUAAAGUAAACAAAAAACAAUUUUGAGAAAUGAAACUGAAUGAAAUCUGUUUAAGUUGUUCUAUUAAAUUCGUCUUUACUUUUUAGGUCGUUCGCUGAUUAAAAUUUGUUAAUGGUCAUAACGCACGAUUUCAUGCUUUUUUAUAAAACGACUUCUUUCCACAUCUAGUGACCAUCAUUUUGAAAACUUUGCAGUGAGAGUGAUUUUUUUUCUUUAACUUAUAUUGGCAUCACCUUUUCUUUGAAAACCUUUUUGGACCAUUUAUUUAUUUACUCAUGUAAAUUGCUUUCAACGUUUGCUUCUUCAAUUCUCUUGCUGAAAUCGUUGAUUUUGUCAUUCACACAAGAAUUCUCUAUACUGCAUCAGGCAGUAAGACGUUUGCAACUGCAGUAUAUUUAUUUUUCUUCUUCUCUCUGCAGCCAGCGUUAUUCAUUCACAUCGAUAUCACACACAUAUACUUCAAUUACACCCGCCACGAACCUUAGGAAAUAAAUAGCGCAACUUAAUUUUUUGUCGUGGUUUUUCUCACUAUAACUGAGAACAUUUGAAAUGAAAACUAACACAAUCUACGAACCAAGGUGUAAUUUAGUAAAUUAGGCUUUCUGGAGAAAUAUUCAACUAAUAUGUCUUUUUAAUUUCUCAUUUAAAUGUGUAUAUGUUAGACUAUAGGAACCAUUUUAUGGAGCCACAACCAUAUUUGGUACGGUACUUAAUUAUUUUAUUUUCCUUUCAACAUGGUUUCCAUAACGACAGCUGGCAAAGUCAACAUAAAGGCAUGACAAGACAAUAACUUAAUUGCCAUCUGGGUGAUACGGAAGGCAAGUACUGGCGAAGACUGGGCUACUUAACAGUUGGCUUUGUUAUUAACACCUCGAAUCAAUUAAUCGAGGAAAGAAGGAAAUUUCUAACCUUCCUAGGUUCAAUGAUGAAUCCACGUACGAAAAAAUCUGAGCUGAAUCUAUCCUUCCUUGACGAUGAAACUGCAAAUGGAACAAUAAUCAUUGGGCUUGUUUUGAGUGAGUAUGACGCAAUAAUUUUACACUGAGUAGUUUUUGGUUACUUCUACCCAUGAAUUACCAAUACGACACUUCUUCAAAAAAGCGUAGCGAACUUUAUUCUUUUCUUUUGCUUCCUUUUGCAUGGCAUUUAUAAUAAAAAGUAUUUCUUACGCACGCUUUUUUAAUUAAUAUUUUAUUUUCCAACAUUCUUGACUUGAAAUUAAAGAAAGUUUCAAAUUACUGGAGGAAUUAUGAAACAGCGAAGCAAAAUAGUACUAAACCCAGUGUCCUUCAAGAUAAGAGUGGUUUGUAACACCCCGCUGUUGACUAUGUCAUUGAUAAGAAUCGUUUUGGAGGCAGUUAAAAGGUUAUUUUCAUUCUGACAUUCAUACGUGCUAGCGCCGAAAUUUUCAAACUAACCUGCCGAGACGACGCCGCUAAUUGAAGAAAUACCUUCAAUCUUCUUUGGCCCUUUAGCGUCGCAUCUCUGCAUCUGAUUCCCAUGCGAAUUUUGUAACUAUCUGCACUUUCCGUCUGUAAGAUCUUACGACAAUAAUUUAUUACUGCCAAAUUAAGGACAACUGUUUUAAUUAAACCAUAUGUAUUUCUCUCAUUACAUAUACUUCGCAGUUCUUUCGUUCGGAAAUGCUGUAGAAGGUAAGUUAUGCACUCUCUUAAAAGAAAUACCCCGAAUAAGUAGAAAUACCCCCCAUCUAAGUACCGCUUUUGUGCCAGCAGGUGGCCAGAUUAAUUAACCAUAUCUACCACUCAAAAAAAAUCACCCCUACGUCAAGUUCAAUUAAAUUUUAAUUAAAAGAGUUCGAGAGUUCUAAUAUCUCGAACCGCCCAAUCUUAAAAGAAACCUGAUAUUGACCUUUUUCCUCCACAUCUUUGUUUUACAGUAUACAACCGACAACCUCUAUAUUGGUCAUUACUUUUAGUUUUAAAAAAAAAAUGGUUUUUAAAUAUAGUAGAAUUAAUAAGUUUUGGUAGUUUUAUUUGUGCAUAUUUCCAUGGCAUAAUUGUCGAGCGAAAAUUAUUUCUCAAACUUUGCAAACAGCAUAAAGACAGAAAUUAGAAAAUUUUUUUCCCGAAGCAAACAAUUAAUUUGAAUAAGAUAUUAAAAUUAAACAAACGACGCGGUCCUUUUUGUUAAUCUUAAUGCUGGCACUUCUUGUUUAAAACAUUAAAACCAAAUUGGAGACCUUACAAGGAAUUGAUGUUAAUCCUGUCUGCACGUGGCUGUUUCCAAUCGAUCAAAUUGUAACUUAAUCAACCAUUUUUUCCCUCGAAGGACUUAUAAUUGGGCACAUAAGGUAUCAGGCUUAAAACUGUUUUCUGGCUUUUGGCGUAAAUUGUUCCAUCACAACAACAACAACAAAACAACAACAACCAACAAAAAAUAAACUUGAACGUUCUAGGGAAGAAAGGCAGGUAGCUGAUUGCGAAUGCCCUUCUUCGAUCCAAGAAAUUGUCCCGAUUUGUUUUAAAAACACUUUUAAUUCAGAGACUCUUUCCUUCAGCAGCUGCUAAUUAAUUCCUUGGCCAAUGUUCUGCAAAUUUAUUGGCGGUUUCAUUGUGAACACACUGGAGGUAUAGGUUUGAAUAAAAUCUUUCACGGGCAGCUGCCUCGUACCCAAACGUCUCUUUCUUAAUGAAAAUUUGCGCGCAACGGAAGGCGGGAUCGAGAAAACGGGCGCGACACCUUCCCAUAGUCCCUUACGCUUCGUUACCAGUCACAAGCGUUUCGCGCUCGCCUCUGUGCAGUGCGAAAAACGAAGCGCCUGAGGAAGAGGCUGCUCGGAUAGAUACAGCACAAAGAUUGGCUCCAAAACAAAACAAAAAAACAAAAAAGCCCCGUGUUAAAUUUGAAUGUUAAUAAAACGGGGAACGAGCACUGGGGAACGGGAAAAAUGAAAAAUUGGAACGCUAACAUUUCAUUUCCAAUUUUAUUUUUGCUCCCAUUCUUCACUUUCCCGUUCCUCGUUCUCGUUCCCGCUCACCGUUCUCUGUUUUAAUAACAUCCGUUAAAUUUUAUUCGUUUUUUCUUGUUGGCAUAGCAGGGUAUUGCUCGCAAAACGCCAAGCCGUUGCAAUCCCAAGAACUUGAAAAGGGAAAUUGUUAAUCACUUGUCAAUGGAACGUCUGGUCCUUACUACGCCGUGCAAUGUCAUUUUCUUUACUACUACUACUACUACUACAAGUACAGAUGCCUGUCGAAAUGGUGUUCUCUCAUAGCUUUGUGCUUUAACGAGACUUCAGAUUGGAGGAAGCUUUGCUAUAAGAAGUUUUAUUGGUUUCGAUGGUCCAAUUUUGACAUCUCCACUGCUACAAAAGAUGUUAAUGUCUCGAACGUGACGAACAUUUAUAUUAAAAACUGCGGCAUAAAAUAUGGCUGGAAAACAUUUCGACUUGGAUUCAAAAUCAAGGCAACAGGAUAUCGAUGCGCAUCAAAAACCGCUCAGAGGGGUACGUACGCAGAAAUAAAACAUUGUUAGCAUGUGUUAUGAGGUGAUAAAAGUGAGCUUAUACUCCAGGACACUUCAAGGAAUGAAUCUCACAAACUUUAGAGUUUACAGUCAAACCUGUGUACAAAGGUCACCCUUGGGAAAUGGCAAGGUGACCGUUAUAUACAGGGUGACCGCUAUAUACAGGUCAACUUUGCAGAAAAUAUAAGGCAACUGGAAAUUUCGGGAAGUUGUACGGUGAUCGUAAUAUUCAGAGUGACCGCUAUAUACAGGGGCGUUAUAUAAAGGUGUGACUGUAUCUUCAAAAGCAUCUUGCUUCCAUCUUUUUUUUUUUGGUUGAUUUUUUUCUGUAGGUAUCGACGAAAACAACAAACAUUCCAACUUUGAAUGGAGGGGACAGGGGAGGGUGUUGUGGGAGGGGUGUGUCUCAACAAUUUUGUCGCCGAUUGUUGGUUUCAAAUAAACUUGUAAUUAGCGCCUCGGUCGCGAUUCGGUUACCGAGGAAUAGCACUCCAGCCCGGGGUGGAGGGGUAGUCCGGGGGGUAGGGGAAGGUAACUCUACUGUUUUCCACCUAAGUUUCUUGACCCACUCCGCCUGCUAGUAUGACGUCACAUAGUAACGGGCAAGAGCCACGGGUCGGUUGUGCAAAUUAGCAAGGGAUACGACAGUUGUGUGGACGAGCGAGGUCGAGGAAAAGCUAAGAAGCUAGCAAAUGUCGCUAUAUAUCGCUAAUUUGAUCGAAUGUGUGUGAGCUUUGGUGUUGCUAUAAUCUGCUUGGGUAAACCGGUUUGAUAUUUUGUGUCCGUUAAUUUGCUUUGCAGACCGCUUUGCGAGAUCGCCAUCUAUUUCACGGGACCGGCAAGGUCAUCAAAACUUAAAUUUUUUUCUUCUCUAAAAUAGGCAAGGUCUAGUCUCCAGAAUAGAAGGUUCUAUUCACAGAUCACGCAUGUCUAUAUUUCAUCUAUUCUUUUGCUAAUUAAAUGGGCCUAACUUCACAUCAUCAUUGGUAAAGCUAGUUCGAUCGAUUAUCUACAUCGAGUCGGUCCGUUGAACCCGAAAUAGUGCGAAAUAGCUUUGAAAUACGCCUUUAUAAUAAGCUAAUUUUCCUCAAAUGUGUAUUUGAGUUUAUGAUAAAUACAGCUCCACCAGCUUCAAACAGCGUCUAUGGCAGAGAAAAACUGUUUUGAUAUGACAAAAUGUGUGUCGCUGUGGUGCAGUGGUCAAAGAGAUACUUGCACGUGCAGAUAAACCGCGUUCGAGUCCCGUCAACGCUGUUUUCUGUUUCUUUGUACCCUUUUCUUUUUUCCUGUUCGGUCUCUUUUUUUAACAGUAUUUUUCCUUUUGGUAUUUUUUUCUUUAUUCUUACUGCUGACCCUCCUGGUCAAGCAUUUGGAUCAAUAUAUAUUUUAAGCUUAAGUCCGGAAUUUUAUUUUGGCUAAGGGAUUUCAAAAGCUCUUGAUCUGCAUACUGGCCAAGCUUACGACCAGAUGAAAACCAUAGGCUGUUAAGACAUCCCUUCCCUGAAACAGCUGAAUGUUUUUUUCAAUGUUAGUUGAUAUCAUGACAAAAAGCACAUAGUACACCACAAACUGUACUCGAAUUUACACUCCUGUGGAGGGGGGUACUGCCAUAUAUGGGCUAUAUAGGUAUGUGCCGCUGUGAAGGGUAUGGUUUUCAAGCAGUUUACUCUAGGAUAGGGUAUAUAAAUCAGAGCGUUUGGGUCUAGAAUAGGGUAUUAUUUUUCAGGAAACUGAUCAGUUGGUUGAAGAUUUUAUGUAGACUAGGGAUUGUGGUAUAAGGUUUUGUUUUGGCUAGACUGUGCUAGUGACCUCAGUAGUUUCUGGUAAACAGUUACUCUAGGAUAGGGGGGAUUUGGGGAGUUUACACUAGUAUAGUGUAGCAAAAUUCAGCUGAACUAGCUCUGGUAUAGUUUCCAGGGUAUCAGGGGCACAUCCCCACCCAGAAAUUCCUAAAGUACCCCCCUCGGGUUUACACUCAACACCCACCAGUGACCCACUGGCGAAAGUUAAACUUGCCUUUUGUACAUCGUCUUCAUCAUCAAUAUCAUUACCCUAAAAUCUCCACUGCGUUUGCCACCCAAAAUAAUUAAACGAAACAUUUAAUUGGCUUUUGGGAUUUAAUUAAAGAAUUACAGGUAUAUGCCCAAUACAAUAUUAAAAUGCGGUAAAGCGACACGAUUCAAUGCUCACAGUCGUUCACAAAUACCUUUCAUUCAGCUUCCUCUUUCAACGCUACAGCUAAGCGAACUUUGAGAGGAAUGAUAUGGGGUUCCGCUAGAUCUGAAGAGCUGAAAAUACGCACAAUGUAAAGUAUAAUACAUCCUUUCAUGAACCUCCUAUUGCUGUGUCUAAAAUCCUCAACCUUGCUGUGCACUGGCCCUCAAAAGUGAGACUGGUCGGUAUGAUUGCCCGUAAAAUUUGCUCGACGAUAGAAAGGAAUCUUUAAAAUUCAUUCCACCACUGGACAUUUCAUUCCAAAAAAGUACUUAAGUCUAGUUUUUUUUUGUGACAAUAGGACAAUUGCACGAUGACGAUAUUUGACUACAACUACCAGAAUUCAUUUCGAUUUUGCUUUGUUAUUUAAAUUUGUCAAUCCCCUGAGGAUUAAAGAACAAUAGCCUUAAUUUGCACAAGAAAACAACAAACUCAAGGAUUCUGGUAGUUGUAGUAUAAUCACGUCAUCGUGCAAUUGUCUAAUAGUAACCUUAAAAUCUCCAAAACCAAGAAAUCGGAACAGUAUUUCCGUGAUAAAAUUGAAAUUUUUGUCCGUAUCUUCGAUGAACACUUUGCUCGCCUUUGAAAGUCACUGACGAGAGACGUGACGUCAUACUGGCAGGCGGACUGCACCACAGAUUUCCUUGGAGACACCUUCCCCUCACCCGCUGGGGUAAUCAAAAAAGUAUCAAACGGGGAGGCUCCUCCCAGAAGUCCAACCCAUUACCCUUUUGUAUACCUUUUUAGACAGGAAAGGUAGCACUUUCGUAUACAUUCUAUUGACAAAUGGCACACCUUUCUCAUACCUAGAACUUUGCAUCUGUUUUAACUGCUGUAAAUGCACUCAGUCUCUUCUAAACAUGAAAAAAUCAGAAAACCAUAACGCUUUCUCGACUUUUUCACAGUUAUCAAAUGCAUUGUUAGCCAUUUUGCGGGACCUUUUUAUAGAUCACAAUAAGUUACCUACCCUUGCUUUCACAUACCUCAAUCAAUAAAUUCCCUAGCCUUUCAUAUACCUGAAGCCUGAAAAGCACCCUUUUCGGGCGAAGUUUCCCUUUAUAGGCCAUUGUAGGAUAGGAAGUAAUCUCCCCGUAAUCUCCCUGGGGGCUUCGAGAUAUUCCCCUUAUCUAUUAAAGAUUUACUUUCAGUUUUGUCUUUUAUGUAGGCUUACCAUGUUCAGGGCAAUAUUUUGGUUCUCUUAGCAAAGACGCAAGGUGCGCUAAACUUAAAAAUGGUACAAACGGCACCUGGUUGAUGUUCGACUUAACAGUGGAAGAUUGGUGUGAAUCAUUUUUAACGUGUUUCCAGUCCCCGGUACCCAAAAGAAGAUGUUUGAAAGACUUUGAUUUCUAUAAGCGCCUCUUCGUAUGGCCACCAAGACAACAGGCGUUUACAUUUGAAAUAGGCACUUAUUUAUCUGCUACAAGAAUACAGGCCAAUUAUUGUCCAUACCGUUAUUACAGUUUCAGUGUUAACAUUACCCAUUGUGACUCUGGUGGGAGGUACAACGGAAGUGGUAUGUAUCUGAUUUUUGGGUAUGAUUUUUUAAAUAAAAAUCUUGUGUUGUUCCGUGUUGUUGGGAGUUAUCGGGCAAAGUUUGAAACCGUCAAACUUUUGAGCCAACGACUCCCAACAUUCUGUUCCGAAGAGUCGUGCAACAGUGUUGGAUCCGUUUCUACAACUCUUCAGACAUUGCUGGGACCACUCACGCGCAUUACACAUGUUUACAAAGUCUUAUGGGUUGUAUUCUUUCCACGAUGCACUGCAGGUCCCAAUAUUGUUUGGAGUUGUUGCAUCUGUUUCCUAACCACUGCCAACACGGACGCAACAACUCUUAACAUUGUUGGCCCCACAAUGUUAGGGUUUGUUGCAUCCUUUUGCACGGAGCUUUAGACUCCAACUUUUGUAAGUGAUUAGAACUGUAGCACUAAUUUCCGUCAGUCGAAUCUGGUCAAAACAAAGAUGAACAGAUCUGCAACAGUUUUUGUCGAGUCAUAGCUCCUUUUCUUCAUACGAGCCUACUUAUUUUUUAAUACUCAGUACGCUUUUUUCAAUAAAACGCGUUUCGUAAGUGGAAAUUGAAUAUUCAUUUAAAUAUAACAGCUUUAUUUCGUCAUUAAGAUGUCACCUCAGUUUUUCUCAUUUUUAGAGGUGAAGGAACCAGAUAUGGACGACGAGACUGAGUACGACUUAUUCAAAGAGGUACCAAAACUAAUUUAAUGUUCUAUUUUAGUAAAGAUUAUUCUAACGUCUUUCACUGUUGAAAAGCUGUGAAUGUGUUCUAUUACCGGCCUUUCUCUAAGAUUCCAUGCUAUCACAGUGAAAUUUUCCUCCAAAUAUUGUAAAAAUACGUCACAAUUUUACAACAUGCUUUGCAGCUCGCACUCCUAUGCCUGACGUCAUUCUGCCAGAGUUUUGCGCAAACAGUCCGGGCCACAACCAGAUCUGGAUAUAUGAUGACGUCACCUACAUUUGCAAAAUGGCGCCCACGCCGAGAAACACGAGGGAAGGUCACUCCUUGGCUCUUUGCUGCGCCUAGAAGUGUCCUUUCCCAAUACUACUUUGAGAGCUGUGACUUUAGACAAUGAGCAAUCAGGGGUGUGAAGAAAAAAUGCCGUCCGAUGAACGUUUGUGCGUUCUUGGGAGGUAAAACGACCGAACACGAGAGUUUUUCAGCUCAAAGAAAUGCCCGACAAGGAGCAAAACAUCGAAAAAAGGAGGUGAGUGUCAUUUUUUGGACCGUUGGAAUAAAUGUUUUUGAAAUCUGCAAAAAAUUUGCUUGUUGAUAGUGGUCUGUUUGGCGUAGUGCAAAGCAGUUUCACAUAGUGCUGUGCUUUUAAAGAUGCAAAAGUCAGUUGCGCAGUUAAAUGACUGCCUUGUCACGAGUUCAGAAAAGUGAAAACAACAAGAAUAGCCCCAAGCGAGCCCACAUUGUAGGAGGCAAUACGAUAGCUUUGAAUACAAAAAUAUUGACUGAAAUGAUGAUGGUUGAUUAAUCACUGUCAUGAGACAGUAUGCAGCAGUGCAAACCAAUUUAAUUUCCCACUUACAUAAUUUUCGAUUACUGAAUUAAAAUGUCAAUGCUGACAAUAUAAUAAGAGCAUUGGUCAUCCCUGGAUAACCCUUUCAUUUCAAUGAAAUAAAUGUACACAGAUUGAGGUACAAAAAAAUGCCUGUAUUUUCUAUUGCUCAUAUAUUUUUUUAAUUUAUUAUUUAUUUGUUACUUUACUUUGCCUUAGGUUAUGACAUGCAAGGUGGAAAAUGUGAAGAAUGGCUGAAAAUACACUUUAAACAGGACACCAAAUGAUCGAUCUUACAAAACUGUUCCAUAUUUCAUAACUACAGUCAAACCCCAUUGACAUGGACACUGAAGGGGCCAUAGUAAGUGUCUAUAUAACGGAGGUGUCCAUAUCAAGCAGGUCCUGUUAUAAAAGUCAAAAAUACAAUUUUUUUAUGGAAAUACUACAGCAUCACACCUAACAUCUUUAAACAUCACUAAGCUCUUAUUCUGCAGACUGUGUCCAUGAAAACACACGGAAGUCUCGAGAAAAUCGAUCAAAAAUUAUGUAAAAUUUACCAACUCGAUUGAUGUCAAAAUGGUCUAUUAUUGUUGUGCACAAUUCAUUCAUUUUGGUGUACUAUGAUGCUGGGAACAUGGGCAUGACGUCAAUUAAGUGAAACGUUUUUUUACCCUACAAAAAAAAAGGUUGACUACAGCACGCAAUGGAUUAUAAAGUGUGCGGAUUAACGAGGUUGACUUUAUAUGAGAAUCUGUUCAUAGAGGAAGAAAAAAACGUCCAUUAUCCACUUUAACAGGUCAGUCUGUAUUAAGUGGGUUGAAUAAAGAGAAAAAUUAAGGGUUUUCCCCAGUGACCAAGGAAACUUCCCAUAAUAACAGGGAGUCCACAUUAAGCUGGUGUCCAUAAAGAGGGGUUUGACUGUAUGAUACAGGACCCAGGUGCCCAGUAGGUUUUUCAGUGUGUAUGUAUUCUACCUACAGUGACAGGAUAUUACUAUAAUGGCAUAGUUUUUACACUAAAUCAACAAAACUCAGAAACCCAGGCAUUGUUUAAUUUGGGAUACAAGACAGCCUUUAUUAAUCAUAACAAAAUACAAUACAUGGUAAAUAACUAAAAGGUAACAUUUAGUAUAAAAAUAAAGUGCUCCAACAAAUAAGAAAGACCAAACCAAAAAAGAGUUAAAACAACCUCAAUCAAAUAAUAAAAGUGAUCACACUGUCCGUGAACAGAACAAAAUAAAAUCCUACAGGGAGGAAGGGAGGGAAAUGAUUGCUAGUGCAAUAAAAGUGAAUGUUGCCACUGCAAUGCCAAGUGAGAAUGUGACUAAACUAGAAUUGUAUCCGUCUGUAACCCAUAUUACAGUCGUGGUAUUCCUAUCUACCGUAAAACUACUAUAUCCUAGGUAAUAGAGACAUGGCAUUAUGAAAUCUCCCAUGCCAAAAAAACUACUGUGAUGCUGUACUAGCCCUGCAUCCUAAUGUGACUCCUUCCUUUGAGAUUUAGAACCGCAUCAGUCGUCUCAACUGAUGCACCCCCUUAAUAACAAUAAUUUAAAGGAACAAUUAAAAAAAAAAAUAAAUAAAUAAAAAAAAAAAAAUAUAUAUAUAUAUAUAUACAAUAUUUUCUUGUCUUGUGAAAAACCAUUCUAUUAAAUAUUUUGACACAAACAAUUAAUAGUAAAGUCUGCACAUCUACUUCAUUUGUCAAAGCUGUUUUUCAAAAUACAAAUGUCAAAUUAUGUUUACGUCCUCUCAGUGACUAUUUAACAGCUAUUAGAACACGAAUACGUCCACUUGCAUUAUUGCAUUAUUUUCAUCCGCAAUGGGGUUUUGCAAUUUGCAGUAGGCAAAGACAGAAGUUCGUUAAUGACUGCUUACGACUCUUCGCGUGCAAUUUCUGCAAAUUUUAUUUAUUUCUUUGACCUUCGCAUAUUUCCAACAUGUGUGACGAUUCAAUAUACUGGAAAUUUACAUACAGCAACAGAAUAAUUAGCAUUAAGAUUAUCAUUAUCAAUCCUUCGAUCGAAAUUAGAUUCUAGCGCGUAUGGUAUUGCGCCCGAAGUAGAAUAGAACAGACUUCUCCAGGUCGAAGCUGUGCUCGCAUAAAUUACUCCAAACAGGACUUCUUAAAACCUUUUCACUUAAAAUGUAUUGCGGUAUUCAAAUUCCCUAUUCUUCCAAUUCGAUCGGAGUCGUCGAGUUGUUUCUGGUCUCUUGAAAUAUUAUCAGGAAUCCACGGGUGUUUACAGAAAGCGUUCUCGAUCAUUAACAUCUCGAUAUUCGUAAAUCGAACGCUAUGACGCAUAAAAUAAUCUCGAUUAAUCGGCCCCGUAUUGCUGUUACUUUUCUUCAAGGUACAUUCCACCCAAAGCUAUGCCGUCGAAGCUUCCCUGUUCGACAUUUCUGUCGAGCUUAGUCCUUUCGCGGUCAAGUCAAUAUUUUGGUUGAGCUCCGAGCCAAUCAGGUUGCAGGAAAUUACAUAUCCAGAUCUGGUUGUGGCCCGGACUGGCAAACGCAAGUUGCUAGGUGUUUAGAGAUCAGACAAUUUGGAUGUCCCGCUAUUCCGGCCACUAAGUUGCGUAACUCUGUUGGAAAAUGGUGUCACCAAAAAUGUCAAACAUACUUUUCCAGCUAGGACAUUUUUGGCACAAUUGUUAGCGGAGCUCCCGCGCGCGCUUCGCGCGCGCGUAGCGGAGCACCAUGGGUAAGAAAAUUUGGUAAACUAUCCAUCUCAGAAAAUUUGGUUAUGACGUAGCGUACGUCCGUCCGUACGGACUUUCCGGGUAGUGGAAAGUAGUCCGCAUGGACUCUUGGGGUAGGGGAAAGUAGAGAUUUUUUGGCGGGAAAUCGCAUGGCGCAACGCGUUAACGUCGCGCAAUUAUAUCGCACAACUGGUUUUGAAAAAAAGAAAGCAAGUAGAAAGAGUCAGAGCGAGAAGAAGGAGAGAAAAUUAUAGUGAAAAACGCCGGCAAGCAGAACGAGACAGAGCUAGAAUGAACAGACAAAGGCAACGCGAAAGAGAAAUACAAAGGCAAAGAGAACGGCAGCAAAAUAAUGACAUGAUGACAGAAAGUGUUGUGUUAAUGUCACUAUGGCCCCGCGCUAUUAACAUUUUGAUUUCAAACUGAUCUCGGACUCGAAAAUUCAGCCAGUAAUUUAAAAAUACAAGCAGGGAAGGAGGGAAGACAGAGGCUUUUCACUUUUCUCACCAUAGUCACGCGUUGAUCACGCUCUACGACCGUCCAAUUUUUAUGCUCUGAUUGGUCAAAAUUUGACAGGUGAGUUCAUGCAGAAACUGAUUUAUACAGCAUCUUCAUCCUUGUUUACUUUCAGUUUGACAGCUGAAGCUGACAGAGUAUUUUGUCAACUUGUAAUGUUUUUUACUGUCUUUUUCCACUGGAUGCUUAAAAUGAAAUACAGCUGGUAUCAACAGUCUUCUUUGAUUCAUGGCUGGUUUGUUUAUUGAAUUUUUGGUCGGGAAAUGCGCCGGUUGCCAAAGUUGGAAAUCCGAUUUCGGAUGCAUCGCUUUCGUUUUUACCUUGCUGGAUGGGCCGUUGACAAAACCCGGAUCGGACUGCUCGGAUCGGAUCGGAUCGGAUUACGGAUCGGAUCGGACUGGCAAUUCGCCUUAAAUUCCCGCCAAAAAUGGUCACGUGACAUCCCCCGGAAUGAAGAUGGCGGAGAGAAAAGUAUGUAUACAAUCUUCUGUAACUAAUUUAGUGUUUCUUUUCUUUUUUUUUAUUGUAAAGUGAUCUCGUUAUUUUCUGAGCCUACUUGAACGGUUUCCUUUUCAGAGGAGGCAAUUGAAACGUCAAAAAUGAAGAGCAAAGGUACGAUAUUAAAAUUGUUUAUUACAAAUACUGUGAAACGAGAUUCUUCGAUUGUUCGCUUCUGUGUUUUCUGCAACAUAUCCGGCCCUUUAGGUGUCACUUGUGCAUCAGCAGAAAUUAGCAUGUGCAUUUAAACACGUUUCCUUUCAAGGUUAUUUGCUGCAGAAACGCACAUAAAUUCUACGUUCAACACAGCCCGGCCCACUACUAGCUACCGGUCCUUCGAGAACUGCUGUUGGCAUACAUCUUCUUGUCACUGAUUUGUAUUACAGACAGACACGGAUUACAUGUUUAGAAGUAAACUCAUCUGAAAGCUGAAACCUCCAUUUCGUGACUGAAUAGAAGUUUACUAGAUGAAAAUGUCCGAGCCACCUGUGUCAUUGUUAAAGCAGCUUUUGUCAAAAUAAUUCUUCUGCACCAAAAGUGAAGAUACUAGUCCGAUCCGAAAUCCGAUCCGAUCCGAUCCGGAGUCCGAUCCGAUCCGAUCCGGAGUCCGAUCCGAUCCGAUCCGAGCAAUCCGAUCCGGGUUUUGUUAACGGCCUGCUGGAUGCGGGUUGAAAAGUCCCUCAAGCGAUUCUGGCCUUACUUUAUAGCUUUCAAGAGCUGCAUCUCGAAUGGUAAGCCUAAGUAAUUAUUGUAUACAGUGUAUGUUUGUUUUUUUAUAUCUAAUUUCAUGAAGUCGAGCGCAGCUAAUGAGGCUAAUUUAUGCACGUUUGUAUAAAGACCUGAGACAAUGAUCUGAUCUACUAUAUAUAAGCUUACAGAACUUUAAAAAGCCUUUAGUCGAUAUUUUCUCUCCGCAUAUAGAACGAAAAAACGUUCCGAAGAGUAUUUAGUUAUAAUUUUGGCUGUAGAAAGAAAGCUUUGAGCGAUUUUCUUGCCUCGAGUUCAUCUUUGAAAACAGUAAACAUCAGGAAGCCGGCUAAAAGCUUUAAGGAUUUUUAGAGACGCUUUAAUACUUGUCUCCGUGAAUGAAAAUUGUUGACUCUGUAAAUGUUUCACCGAAUUACAUUUCUUUUAUUGAUUGUUAGUAGUCUCGUACAAUUUCAAUCGCUUUGCCGUUUGUUUUCAGUCGUUCAUAAACAACGCUUGCAGGAGUACUCAAAAUGCUGCUCGUAUCAAACGCUUUUUAAGAUUACACAUCGUUAUAAAACCAUUUAAUAAAAAAAAUAAACACAAUAAAUUCUUUAUUAUGUUGAAGCGCGUAACUCUUUUAAUGUUCACUGAAAAUUUGGCGCUUGUCAAAAGUGAGAACCGGCUGGCCGUAUAGGUGAUUUUGGAAAUUUUUGGAACGGUUUUGCUAAAAGCCCACGCGUGCUUCGUACGGUUCUGAAGAUUGAAUGAGUGCAAUUUGUCUUGAAAAAUUGUGAAAUACUGCAUUUUGUGUGAGGUCUAUAUGAUAAAAACAACGCCUCAUAUUACUGUUUCAGAUGUGAUGUAUAAAAAGUAUGAAAUGUUGGUUUACACGCUCCCAGAGUUGUUGCCAAGAUUUUGUUAAGUAAACUUGUCGAACGCAAAAAAUUCGGCCUGAUUUGUUUUCCAAAAAUUCGUUUUCCAGGCCUAAUCUACAGUGAUCAAGAGCCAUUAUGGCUCUAAAAUGUGAUCGAAGAUAAUUGCUAUUUUUUGGGUGUAUAUAUACGGCUAUCAAUUCGAUGUAAGAUUUUUUUUUUUCACUCUAAAAUCACUUAGCCUUAGCUUUCCCUUAAAGUUAACUGAUUUGUGGAUUACAAGUUUAUUGUUUGAUUUAAAUUAUAAAUCUAUUAAUGGGAGCUUCGCUUUUAGCCCUGGCUAAAUCUAUAUAUUAUUUAAGAUCUGUGCUAGGUCGGACCUCAAUCAUUUUAGAAGACGUGUGUAUUUGUAGUGAUUGUUAAUUUUUUUAUCCUUACUUUUACGUAGAAAAGACUACAAUCACUUUAUUUAAUAAUAUCUGACUCAGUUUAAACAACACUAAGGGCACUGCAUCUGACAACUGUGAAAAUUAGCUUUGAAAUGUUUAGCGGUUUUUGCGAAGAUUUGAAUGUUUCCUCCAAUUGUUACUUUAAUUUUUAGCCAUGUAUUUCCUAUUAAUACGGCCGUUUGCUUUUACUUUCCUAGAUGAGAAAUGCAUUCAAUAAACUUGACUUUCAAAAGAAUGACUCUUUGCAGGUAAUUGAAAAUUAUUGUAUAAUAAUUUUAUUUCUUUUUCCAUAUGGUAUUUUUGUAAGUCUAUUACUCAGAAAGCAUGAGUACUUUAGAGUGUCAUCUGAUCAGAUAGAUGUGAUUAGAGAGGGUCUGGACUUACCCUUUCCGUAAUCUACCACCUAGAGACGUUCUGAAAAGACUAACCCUGAUAAUGAUAUCUUUCCGAAGACUGUAUCCUUGGCUUUUUUCGCGAUUCCUUUUCUUAGGAAGCUGUUAAGGUUUUCGAUGAUAAAAUGGAAGAAUACGCCAAUCGUACAUCAGUUGACGGUAGAAGUCUGAAUAAAACAGUGGAACAAAAGAUGGAGGAAGUGCUGACGGCUACUCUCCUUUUCGAGGAAUUUGCAUUAAAAUUUGGUCAGUAUCACCUCGUCAACAAUACAGCACAUCUCUCGGUGAACAGCCAAAAUAUAGGUAAGUAUUUAGUAUCGAUCAUUCCCCCCUGACAUUACGGAAAAAUGUUGGUGUACAAAACAGUGAAAUAGCGGCCAUGUUGGUGUAACAGGAUAAUCCUUUGGGGGUCAAACUCUCUUCUCAAGUAGAAACUUUUAAUAACUUUGUUCCAAGAUAUUUGCAUAGCUACUGACUACCUGAGUGAAUACGGUCAACAUUUCAAAUGUUCUGUGACUUCUAAAAACUCUUAAAAACUUACAUUUUGUUGUCUUGCCAUUUACAAGUUACACCCCAAAAGCAUGUUCAUGUAUAGUGAAGAAGAUUAAUUAAUGGAUUGAACUAGGCCAUCACAGUAAGGGAAACUAGAAUAUGAAACCAUCGGUAAUAUUUUGAUAAAAACAUUUAUGAAAAAUUCUCAUCGACGAAGAGGAAAUGCAAUUCUUAGUAUACAAGUCACUCUACAAAAACGUUAACUCGAGCUUGCUUGGAGAUUAGAUAAGAAAUAGGAGGCGAUUGGUUUUUAAGGAGUCUGUGUGCCAGCAUGGAACCAUGUGGGGAAGGAGAAAAAACUCAGUGCUACCUAGCCAGGUUACAUUGACUUGUAGAGAGAUGUAAGAAAUACCUCAUCAUGUAAACUUUAUAAGGUGUCUAAGGGCUUUUAGACCAAUAGAUCUUCUAUAAACCCACUAUUCAAGGGUAGAAGAAAUGCGUGAAGACACAAGGAACGGUUGCAAUCGACGGAGAAUGGGCUUAGGCUCACUUGUGGGAGUUCUGGGAAAAUUUCGGCUAUUGAACCGCCAAUGUGAGCCAGCGAAAAAAUUUCGGGGCAAGAAAAAAAACGGGCCCUUUACAGUCUUAAUUCACGGGAGGACUUCCAUAUGAAAAGUGGAGGGGCUUAAGCGUUCGUUUCAUUUACGUCAUAAAUUAAAGAUUUUAGUGCUCCAUUUUUGGUGCUCAGGAAUAAACUCUUAACAUUUGCACUCGAAUCGCUUUUACUCCCCAAGGGGAGACUCCCGAGCUAAACUGACGUGGAUGACGAUCAAAAGGGGGAAAUAAAAACCCAUAAAAGUCCCAACGAAACCCAAAGAAAUCCCUCGACCAAAAUUAAACUCAAAAGAGUAACAUGCCAAAAGGCCUAGCUUUUUUUUUUUUAAAAAAAGAAAUUGGAUGAAUACAGAUUUCAGAUGUCCAAUGUCCAUUGGUCAAACGUCAGACAUCAAACAGCAGACAUCGGAGAUCGGACAUCAGAUAUCGGACAACGCACCAAUGUCCGAUGUCUGAUGUUUGAUGUCCAAUGUCCGAUGUCUGAUGUCUGAUCUCCGAUGUUUGAUGUCCGAUGUCUGAUUUCUGAGGUCCGAUGUCUGAUAUCUGAUGCUGAUGCCCGAUAUCUAAGGUCCGAUGUCCGAUUUCUGACGUCUGAUGUCCGAUAUCCGCUGUCCGAUGUCCGAUGUCCGAUGUCCGAUGUUCUUGUAGGAGAACCACUAAUCUGAAGGAAUUUAGGCGUUUUCAUUUUUGCCCAUAGUUUCAUGAAUUAGACGUUUACUAACCACCAGUUUGUGUUUUCAUGCUAACAUGUUUUUUAUGUUUGAUGUUGUACGUGUAAUUCAUUGGAGAUACUAGCCUUUAGGCUACCCUAAAAUCCGAAGUUAAAUAAAGUUUCGUAUGUAUGUAUGUAUUUCUGAUGUCCGAUAUUUGAUGUCCGAUGUCUGAUGCCUGAAGUCUCGUGUGUAAUGUCCGAUGUCUGACGUCUGAUGUCCGGUGUGUUACGUGCACACAUAGUGUCCGAAGUCCAAUGUCUGAUGUCUGAUGUCCGAUGUCUGAUGUCCGGUGUCCGACGUCUGAUGUCUGAGGUCCGAUAUCUUAUGUCUGAUGUCUGAUGUCUAAUGUCCGAUGUCUAACGUCUGAUGUUCGGUGUGCAAUGUCCGAUGUCCGAUUUUAGAUGACCGAUGUCUGAUGUCUAAUGUGCGAUAUUUGAUGUCCGAUGUCUGAUGUCCGGUGUGCUGUAUGCGAUGUCCGAUGUGUUAUGUCCAAUGUCCGAUGGCCGAUGUCUGAUGUCUGAGGUCCGAUGUGUGAUGUCUGAUGCCUGAUGUCCAAUGUCCCAUUUCUGACGUCUUAUGUCCGGUGUGCAAUAUCGGAUGUCCGAUGUGUGACGUCUGACGUCCCGUGUACGAUGGCCGAUGUCUGAUAUCUGAUGUCUGAUGCCUGAUGUCCAAUGUUUGAUGUCCGAUUUCUGAUGUGUGAUUUCUGAUUUCUGAUGUCUGAUGUCUGAUGUCUGAAGUCUGAUACCUGAUGUCAGAUGUCUAAGGUUUGAGGUCUGACGUCUGAUAUCCGGUGUGCUAUGUCCGAUGUCUGAUGUCUCAUUUCGAUAUCCGAUGUCCAAUGUCAGAUGUCAGAUGUCAGAUGUCAGAUGUCAGAUGUCAGAUGUCCGUAUCCGAUGUUUGAUAUCCGUUGCUCAAUGUCUGAUGUCCGAUGUCCGAUGUCUAAUGUCUGAUCUUUGAUGCCCGAUUUCCGAAGUCCUCUUCGGCCUUAUAGAGAGUCCCUAGUUUUAUUAUGCUGACUGGAAAACCAAGGACCAACAGGAGGUGUCUGUCUUGGUGUGGUGUCCGUUAGAAAUGGCCUUAGGAGUAAAAGGGACUUGGAGGGCAGGUGCCCAUGCACCAACUUUUUUGGGGGGAGAAUUCCUAAAGACCCCUACAGAAGAAUGAGCAUCCCAUCCAAUAGAGUCGAGUACGGCACCAGUACAGUCUAGUCCAUUAAAUCAUUGCGUAGUGAAAAUUAUUAGCUGUGCAUAAUUCCUUUAUAAUUGGGACUGAAGAUAUGAGCCUUUGCACGGGAACUUGACAUGUAAAAUCUGCGGAGAGGACAUUAAACUGACUUAUGUGGCUGCAGAAAAGCGGAAAGGCCUGGACGACUUCCAGAGCCAAUGCCCUCUCGCCACAUCACCUAUCAUGCUCAUCACGAGACUCGUAAGCAUUCAAUGAAAGUUUACCACACUCAACCAACGAACCCAGCAAAGUAAUCAAUGCUUUCAAGCGAUAGAAUUCGUGGACCUACCCGUUCCGGAAAAACUUGUCGACAUUCUUUGCAUUAAUCUUUCCAACGGUUUCUUCACAGAAUAUGCAUAGCCCUCUGGAAAAUGUUGUCCGUCACGUCGCGAUGCCUUUAAUUCACAGUUUCAACGGUCUCCGCUAGGAACGCAAGGGUCUAUGACCCCGGUCCUGUUUGUGAACUAAAUACGAAGAAAAUAAAACGGCUUGCAGAUUACCACUCUUGCUGCUACGUAAGCUCGGGUAACUAUCACAGAGAAGAAGAAAAAAUAAUCCAGAGAAUCGCAAAAUGUUUUGGAUAUCCUAAGAUGUGGUAUGGUCAUGAGUGAAAAGACCAAAUGAUGUAGUCGUAGUCGUAAUUGCAGGGUUAAAACUACGGUGAAGGUUUCAAAAAAGGAGUUUAACAGCAAGAAUAAUUUCACAUGCAUAAUUCUCUGCACUUUACUAAAGUUAUUGUAUAAUAGCUUUACAGGUCAGAAAAGGAGUCUACGACAAUGGGAGCCAGUUUGAUCUCUUUGAUCCAGAGGGACAAAACUACAUCAAAAUUCCUUCAGAAGAUUUCAGUCAUAACGGUAUGCAAGCAAAUUCGUUAUCUCAGUAGUAACUAAAACAGCCGCCGUCCAUGUGAGAGAAAACGCUUCACAACCGGUUUCUACUAUAACGGCCUCUGUUUUCGUCCCGCUGGAGAUAUUUACUCUGACUUGUGCUACCCGCGGUGUUGACAUACAAAUCCCUUAAACUGAUCUUCAUACAUUUCCUUACAGAAUUAGUUCAGUUUUUAUUUAACCUUUUUUGUGAUUUUGUCCUGAUAACUUAAGGAGAAAAUUGAGAAAACAGUUUAAGUAUGUAUGAAGCCGUGCUUUUGCCGUUAUCACGUUAGUAUGGAUCGCUUUUUUUUCAGGUUCAAUUUUUCUCGGUGUCAUCUAUAAAAGACUCCAAGAACUGUUUCUCGUAAACCAAACGAAUACAAUGGUUAACAAAACAAGGUCAGUACUAGCUAGUCUAACUAGCUUUCGGAACACUCGAGAGUACAAGCAAGCUAUGUCUAGCUAGCUGCAAAAUAUUUAAUGUCGGGGUCCACUGUCGUACGUUCUUCUUGUUCUAAGACUCUUAACUGUAGGUUUCUUGAGGUCUUUAAAGAAUUGAUAUGUUUGUGCACAUUUUCUGUCCAAACUCUGUUCCAAAGUGAGGUUUUCCUUACGAAAGGACACUAUUCUCCACCCUAAUCUACAUACAAACCAGCACUAAAAUGGAAUCCGUGUUACGGAAUGGUUUUUUAGUGGGCAUAGUCUUAACCGUCACUUACACUGCUACAUUAACUUAGGGAGAGAUACCAGGUCUUAACGUUUUUCGCCUAUGGACCUACAAUAAUCUCUCUUUAUGCUAUUUAGAAAAAGUGGAUUUCUUCAGUGACUCUCAAGUGUUAUUAUUUCCUUUGCUUUUCAGCAAGAGUCUCAACACUAUGAUCAUGUCAGCAACAAUUAAUACUCAUCCCUCAACGUUGCAGGGAAACGUCACACUUGUGUUCUCGAACGUAAUGGUAAGCUUUUCCUAAACAAGAAACUUCCUAGGUUAUCUAAUUAUUCGGAUACCUGGAUAUCUACGGGAUAGUUACUGACAAUACGUACUGACAUGGCCAUUAAUUCAAUAAAUCCUUAAGCCAAUGCGUAUUUUUGCUCUGGACUUACCCUAACAAAUUCUUAGGCUCGUAUAACUCAACAAAACCCCUUUUGUUGGUACUUCAUCACAUUAAGUUCUUUAGUCAUAGAGGAAUAUCUAAUAUUUUAAAACCUCAUGCCACGUUUUGACGAGCUAAACUGAGAUGUACUGAAAAUCAUAACAGGGUUCGUUUGAUUUUAGAUUUUAGAAGGCAACAAGGAAAAGAGAGUGUGUAAUUUGGAACUUUUUGGAAGACAGGUAAAUUGAACCGCAAGUGCGAUAGCCUGCGAGCAAGCUCUCCUAUUUGGGCGAGUGAAACGAGUCUCGCGAGAACGCGCGAGCGAGCGGCGAAGCCGCGAGGGGCAGAGGAAAGGAGAGCUUGCAACCAUCCCUUACAAAUUUUUAUUUGUACUUCGCCCAGACGAAGGGAAAUACCAUUGGCUGAAAAAUGACGUUCCGGAAAACAAAGUUGAUUGAUAACAGGCCAAGCUGGCACCCGCUUCGUCUGUGUGUCAAAUUUGGUUCUCAGGGGGAUCAGAUUGGUACCGAGAACUUGUUUCAGCCCUCAAUGCAGACGGGCUCGUUUGUUGUAAUUCUCGCAAAGAGAAUAUUGCGUGCCAAGGAUAAGUCGGACCGAGUUUGUAGUUCUUGUGGAAGGAAAAUGAAAACCCUUAAUCAGUUGUAUUCAUUUGUGUCAAGCGCCUUGUUUAAUUCUGAAAACCGGGAGAGUGAAAAAGUAAAGGAAACAAGAAUCAAAGUAGUGAGUUCUUAUCCGAGCGGACACGUUGAAGUUCGAUGUCCCCGUGAAAAAAAAAAACAUAUCAGUGAUAAAAACAUUGCUUUAAUGCUGUUGCGAAAGCGAUUUAUAAAUAAAUAAUUCUACGCGCCCUCGGCUGUCUAAACUUACUUGACAGGCGGCACGUUUGCGGUGACAAUUUUCACGCUUUGCUGAGUCCCGGGGUUUCCGGGGUGGAUAUGAAAAUUUAUGAGAGAUGGUUGCAAGCUCUCCUUUCCUCGGCCCCUUGCUCGCGCGUUCUCGCGAGGCUCGCUUUGCUUGCCCAAAUAGGAGAGCUUGGUCGCAGGCUACAAGUGCGACACAAUUGUAUAAAAGAAAAUUCGCCACUUUAAAAAGAGAAAGAAACUGGGACGAGCUAACUGUUGCUUCAAGCAGGGGAAAAAAUUGGCCAAUAGCUGACCGGUGCGUCUCAAAUAACAAUCCCAUAAACAAUUGCGGGAUACAUUUCCGCUCCAGUUUUCUUCUCGUUUCUAAAGUUGUGCAUGCCUAUUCGUAUAAAACUUUGGAUUGCAAUUUUGGGUUAACAAUGACAGGGGUUUUCGCUACUUUUAAGGUCUUUUUUAUUGUUUAAGGUGACGUGCCUCUAUUACUCGAGAAACAAAGGUUGCGAUUACCGAUGCGUAGCCAGAUCAUCGACCGCGAAAUUCAAAUCUUCGUAAGCCACUGUAGCGUAACAAGUGCCGACUUAGCGGUGAAGUUCACAGAGUCUUAUAGAUUUGGCAUAUGGAUUAGACUUAUAAUUUGGGGAAGAAGUAGAUGGGAAAUCGUAAAUGGUUUAACCACGGUGGAAAUGCACCUCAUCUAUUUUACAGACGGUACACGUAAAUACGAAGAAACGACAAACAAUUCAAGUUAAAUAGCCUGAGAAAACAGCCUACAUUUGGCGACGCUACCACUGGUUCAUCCGCCAAAUGACGUCUGAGAAACGAGCCCAGAAAUUCCAUACUGAUGACGCGUCACUACCCAGAACUGGGUAGUGCUUUUGAUUGGUCGUACCGCGGGGGGAAUAUGAUUCAAUCAAUCAGAAGCACUACCCAGAUCUGGGUAGUGACGCGUCAUCAGUAUGGAAUUUCUGCGUUCGUUUCUCACACGUCAUUUGGUGGCGAAACCACAUAGCGUCGCCAAAUGUCGGCUGUUUUCUCAGGCUACAAGUUAAAUAGAACUAAAAGGACUAAAAACCCCAGCUGUAAGGUCUGUCAAGAAGCAACCAGUUCGCUGUUUACAAGCACGGGGGAGGAGUUGAACUCGGGGUGGCCGAGAAACUUCAAAUCCAGCUUUUGUUAGGAGGAGAUUUAUAUCCGAGUUCUUCUUAAAGCUUGCCGACAGUUGUCCACACCGCUUCCCUAGAUACAAAAUAAUUUAUCCCGCGAAGUCUGUCACAGCUUUAGUUACCGCCUUAAUGUGAUGAGACAGGACAGGAUGAGAUGAUAUGAUAUGACAUGACACGGGAUUGUUGUGUUCCACACUUUAGUUUGCUAGUGAACUGUCCCAGUUAGGAACUAGAAAUACGUAUAUCGCGUAUCCUUGUAAAGCUCCAGGGAGGGUGGCACAUUAAAUGCUAGGAAUGUAAGGGUGGAAGAGAAAUUGAAUGAAUGGUGUACCGACGGAGGGCGAGUUUUAACAGCGGAUCCAAUAUUGGAAGCUGGGAUAUCGAAGUACUCCGUCUCGUUUUGGUUGGAGCAUUUUCAAACCCAGUCCUCUGGCUUUGAAAAUGAACGGCAAGGUCGAAAACGGCAGUUUUUACUCUUAAAAGUAAAAAAGUUGCCUGCUUGUGCUGGUGACUUAUUUUAUUGUUCGUGAAGCCCUGUAGGUUGGUCAGGACGAGGAUGUCAUGUCAAAUGGUUGAAUGACUCCAGGACAGAAUGCAGCUGCAAUCACUUAACUAACUUUGCAGUUCUAAUGCAGUUUGACACAGAUUCUGAACCGAAAACUGGCCAAUACAGUAGAAUGCGAAAGGUAGGGUACAAGACAGAAAGAACAGAAGUAAGUUUGUAGGGUCUGGAAAGGAGGGUCCUGAACGCACAUCCCAAACUUUUUUCAUCGCUAUUUCGAAUAUCAUUUUUUUCCAAACUCGCAUCCGUGGCCAAAUUUCAGCUUAUCUUCUCAAGCGGCAGUCACAUUCUGUGUCCCGUCAACGUUUUCCCAAAUCCCGCACUGUAUUUUGUUCACAUCCUGUUUCCCGGAAAUACCCUUCCAGACACCGAGGAAAGGCUGGCCACACCAUCGGGGUCUACAUCCACUACUUUCUAACUGCCCGCUUCCCGUCAAAUAUCGAAUCCUAUCAAUGUCUUCCCAAAUCCCGCACUGUAUUUUGUUAAGAUCCCGGAUCGGCAGUAUCCUUCCAGACCCUGUGUUUUGGUUUUCUAGUCGAUUAAUCAUGUUGUUAUACAACAUGCGUUAUUGGGGUCACUCAGGCGGGUUUCGGGGAGCAAACCUGAGUGCAAGACAAGAGAGAGGGGGAAAAAGAGAAAAAUAACGCCUGUAGACAGGUUAUUGUUCGCUCUCUUCGAAACGUUCAUCUGGCGAACGCUGGUUUCUAUUGCAAGAGAGAGAGGCAACAUUUCUCUCUUUUCCCUCCUCUCUCUUGUCUAACGCCUCCUACUGGCGCCUUAAAACCCGCCUGAGCACCCCAAUAACGCCUGUUGAGUAGCCUAAGAAUAAAUAGUUGCGCCUAGAAAAUUAUCGUUUUAUUGUGUAACAGUGGUGUUUUUAUAAGCGUGUUUAUGAGGACACUUUUUCUUAAAAAUCGAAAUGCCGCCAAAAUCAUCAAAUGACCCGGUUUCACUGCAUUUGUGAGGCCUAAUCUCGUAACCGUAGCCUUAUUUGUCCUGCAAAUAUUUAAUUAAAAAGUGAACAGAUCUUGCAAAAGAAAGAGGUUAUACCUCGAAAUGUUUUUGAGAACAAAUUCGGCGAAAAAUAAGCCUGGGUGCCAGCUGCAGGAAAGAACGUCGGGCUCUUGAGAGCAAGAUUAGCCUGCAUGUAAGGGGGGCAUCCAUUCAUGCAUGUGUCUGGUACGGUGGAGAUUAAAUGGUUUUCCGGUUGUUUUGUAUGUAGAAAGAUGAAAAGGUGCUGAAUAUUCUGACCCACUUGGGUCUUACCCUUUCCUUAAUCGGAAUCAUAGCGACAAUAAUCUGCUACGCAUUUCUGACGUAAGUACAUCUAAUAUCUUUUUAAAACAUAAUCAAAUGUUUCAACACGACUCCUUAAGCCCAAAUUUUGAACGUUAUCCCUUCUUAGUCUUUAAUUUUUUCUUAUCUUCUCUUUUCUUAUCUCAUUAUAUCUUAUCUUAUCUUGUCUUGUCUUGUACUUUAUUCUAAUGCUUUGUAUUGUAUUGUGUGACAUUGCAUUGUAGGGUAGUGUAUUGUAUUGCAUUGUAUUUUACUGUGUUGAAUUGUAUUGUAUUGUGUUGUAUUGUAUGAUAAUUUGUUUUGUAUAGAGCGUUUUCAUAUGACGUAACGGAGACCAUAAUAAAAAAAAAAAACAAUAAAAACUAUAAAAAGGCGGCCAUGUUGGUGUUCCAAACCAGUCUUGUGGGAGUUGAACUCUUUUCUUAUGUAAACACUUUCUUUGGUUCCAAUAAAUUUGCAUAGAAGCUGGUCACGUGAACGGAAAGACGCUUUAUUGCGUUGCAUUGUUAUAAUACACAUUUAGAGACAUUCCUUUGUUAGACCCACCCAGAGUGGUUUUGUUGAAGACAAUGUAGUUGUUUAUCUUUACACAGCGAUAUUAAAGCACCACUGUCCCAAAUCCGGAUAAGUCUUGUCGCUUCCCUUGGAGUGGGCCAAAUAAUCUUCCUCGCAGGCAUUGGAGCAACUGAAAACAAGGUGAGAACUCUUUUAAGCGCUGAUCAUAAUCACUUUAGCCAAUUGACCACUACAGAAAAUACCAUAAUGUACCAUAAUACUCUUCGUUAGUCACUCCAAAAGUUUGCUGGAGCAUUCUUUUCAUUUUCCGUCGUGGGGCCAUUUUAACUCCCGAGAGAAACUGAAGACAAGGCUUAUGCAAAAUUUUGGAGUGACCAGCAAGAAGUAUUAUGGUGUGUUAUGGCAUUUUCUGUAGUGGUCAAUUCGUCACUUAAGCAACGAGAAGUGAAAUAGGCCGGAUUAACUUUCGCAAAGACUUGGGACUGUUACUAGUAACACGGAAAAAAGGCCAAUAUCUGACCAGCGCGUUCCCAGUAAUUAUAAGGGACCUUAAGAUCUAACAACGAGACCGCAACGAGAACGUCAAAGAAAACAAUAGCUUUAAUAAGCAAAACAACAAUUUUGCUCGUGCAUCACACUUUUUGUACAUUUCUCUUGCCGUUUUUGCACGACUACGACGUGAAAAUGCGUAAUUUCGUGUUUUAUGGAGAACGUAAACAAGUAACGGCGAAAUUUUAUUUCUCUUUCUGAACUUGGAUAUGGUCUCUUGGAAUUCAACUUCAGGAGGGUUAGCCUACAUUUGACAAAGUAAGCGGGUAGGAAUAAUCGCGAAAAAAGACUAAAAGAACGCAAAUUUACUUUUUACGAGACGUUGUCGUUACCUUGGCAUCGUUGGAUCUUAAAGUCCCUAUUAAGGAUCCCAGAAACAAUUCCUGGAAGCAUAUCUGCUCUACUUUCCUUCUCGUUUCUAAGGGACUGUUUACAUGGAGGUGGGGGACCCCAGGUAGGUGAGGUAACCUGCUAUGGUGGGGUAACCGACUUGUCCAUGUAAUUUCUCAUAUUGUCAUCCCACCUAUCAUGUAAGAGCGAUCAAAUGAAUAUGAGAGAUUGUAUGGACAGGCGGGUUUCCCCACCAAAGCGGGUUACCUCACCUAUUUGGGGUCCUCCAUGUAAAAAGGCCCUAGGGUGGCAAAUUCAGUCCACAUACUGUACUUUAAAUGUCUGACGUUUUUUUUUGUGGAUUCCAUUUACUAUUACUGAAAUGGAAACAUAGGGCAAGAUGGGGUGUUAAAAAUUACCCGAGGUCAAUUUAAUAGAACUUUUACAAGUGCAUUUUACAAGUGUAGCUAUUGUUUUCAGACUCUAAAACAAUAAUGGCUACGCUUGUGAAUUACUCUUGUAAAAGUUUGUUACAUUGAAGCCUGGUCAAUCUAAGUAUUGAAGCUUUCCGGGGUGUUUUCCUGGAAUUUUUCGUCCUGGAAACUAAAGGUACAAGGUGAUAACAUUGUCCUUCCAAUAUGCGAGUUUUGACUAUAUGUUGUAGCCUGAAAUUCAUCCGAUUGCUUCGAGUCGUUUUCUCCUCUCAACAACGUCUGAAUCGACCGGCCGUUAAUGCCGUCCAGUGACGUCACUCACUACCCGAAAACCGGGUAGUGAUUUUGAUUGGUUGAUUGCCUAAACAUUCGCAUAAUUAUGUAUAAUUAUGAAAAAUUUUAGCGGGAUUGUCGCUUGAUCGCAUCCCUGGCAUUCUUUCGCGUAGUUCAAACAUUUCGAUAAGCUUAAUCUUUAUCUUAAACAGCAAAAUUGCCCUUGUCUUCGAAACUGAAAUGCUAAAUUGAACUGCUAAUGAAGAAUCAUUGCGGGGAGUCGGUAGGUUUUUCAUUUGGAGCCAAUUUGUGGUUUCGUGAUUUUGUUUACGCGAAGUUUUCUGAGAUCAAUAUUAUAAUUCGACCUUCUUGCUAUUUUUACCGUCAAGUGUAAUGAUUCUGUUAGCUUUUCUUUCUUGUUCCCUUGUUUUUUUCUUCGUUAAGGACCAAAUAGCUUUUUUUCAAUUUUUUAACAAAUCAUUGUGUUUUUGAACUAAGUGUUCCGUGUGUGUGUUAAUUUCAUUGCGUGAUUGCGACCUAGUUUGAUAAUAGCAUUCAGUACAACCGGUUCAGAGAUCUUCAGAGUUGUACUGCAUGCGGUUGGUAGUUUGAACGUUAAACAUGAACUACGAUCGAAAAAAUAAAGCAAUUCUGUACCAUGCAGACAUUUCCAAACGAUAUUUCUCGGUUUGCCACUUGAAAAUCGUGUUUUAGUUUUUGCAUGAAUUAAAGCAAAGGCCAAGGAGUGGUGACGUAACUGGAUGGCAUUAACGGCCGGUCGAUUCAGACGUUGUUGAGAGGAGAAAACGACUCGAAGCAAUCGGAUGAAUUUCAGGAUAUAUAUGUUGUACUUUGCAGGGCGUCUGUGUGACAGCAGCAGCCCUGAUUCAAUAUUUCCUUAUGGUGGCUUUCUGUUGGAUGUUAAUGGAGGGAAUUUAUCUUUACUUGUUUGUUGUCAAAGUUUACAACGUUAGCAGUAAGAUGAAAAUUUGUCACGGAAUUUCAUGGGGUAGGUGUAAAGGGAUAAAUUUGCAUUUUAAUUUCUCAAGGUUUGGGCAAAGACGAGGAUGAAACUAGUGUCGGACGUAAGACUGAAUGUAACGGCGAAAAAAGGAGCACAAUAGCAUCAACGUUUCAAUUAAAUUUUAUCGAAGAAGUCAAAUUGACAGACCCAAAUUUCAAAUUUUGUUCCUGAUAAAACCCUGAAACUCAUUUUCUGACGACCUUUGCAUAAAUGACAUUCUAAUGUUAUCGAUGUUUCACCUUAUAGUUGGCGACAAUUAUCCUCGCGAAUACUUCAACGUGUGUUUAAAGUUUCAUGCUUGUUAUUCAGUGUGUAUAGAGUGUUGCAGGGACCGCGGAGACCAUUUUAAAGUGGUAGGGCUAAAAAAUCUUGCCAAUACAAAGAAACAUUAAGUUCAGUUUUUCGCCAUUUAUCUUGCAUUUGCGUAGACUACGAGCAGUCUCUCUUUUCUCUUGGUCCAUCAAGCAAAACGCCCGAAACACGCUCACAGGCGCGUGCACUCCCCCUUGAAAUCUGAAGAAAAAGAUAGACUGCUCGCAGUCUAGCAUUUGCGCGCCAUCUUAUUUACAGCCUCAACAAAUAUAACAUAAACGUCGUCACGUGUUAUAGUAUCCAGUAUAGCCAAUAUGUUGAAUAAACCUUCCUAAAAUUGCUACUUUGAAGUUGUCAGCAGUGCUGAAAUUUCUCUUGCGGUCCUCAUUGCUGGAAAGAAACUCCUGUGCCACGUCAGCUAUAGAGACACUGUCUGUUCUCAGCUUGUAACUAUUCAACGUUACUACUAGGUUGCUAAACCUCUCAUCACCCAUCCCGGAUCGAUGCCACGUCUUCAGACGCUGUACGUACGGAUGAGAAUGAACCCUCGCCAGCAGCGCUGGUAAGAGGAUUUAUAGCAAGCAGCUUACAGAUAGUUUAACUGACUUCCUGGAUUAGCUUCUUUUCUGUUUCUGGAAACUUUAACACCGCCAACAGGAUUUCGUCAAAACAUGAUAUCUUCUCCUUCUUCCAUAGUACUUAGUUGCCUAGGUAGCGCCCCUGUAUCGCAACAUCUUCCCUGUAUUAUGCUUCAAGAAACUGAACUCUGCCUCAUAGUCGUCACCAUUAUCUAUAGCAGCUUUAAGCAAAAGGGUCUCCAUCUGUACUUAAGAGCUGAAGCUUUCUUGAUUAACACGCUGAUAGAUAGCCCUGACGAUAAGAUCAAUAGCCUCAUAAUAGGCUCGUACAAUGUGAUCUUUAGCAGUUUGGGGAUAGCUUGGUGCACCAGCACCAACCUUCAGUCUGGCCGGAGUGUGUCGUUUUCUUGGACGCGUUGGUUCGCCAAGCAGGCCUUCACUCUUGCGGUCAACAUUAGCAUAGAAAUGGUCGAAGCUUUGAUCAAAGCGAAUUUUUGUGAGCGUCCCCUUUGUUAGAUUUGCCAGGCGUUGUCCACUGACAGCAGCCAUCUUAGUACCCUGAAGAUCCUUAGAUAGAUUAUCGGUGUGGCAGUAAAGGUGCUCUCCAAGAUGCAAAGCAGAGAAAAAGUCAAAUCACUCCAUUUGAGCCUUACAUCUUAUUAUCCUUGCACGCACAUCGGGUUGUAAUCGUUCUGACAGGCAAACAUCCCACUCUUCCAUAGGGUAAAGUCUAAUAAUUCCACGGAAAUUUUUUCCAUGUCAACUGGAGUGUCAUGAAAUAAAUCCCAGCAAUAAAAGUGAUAGGGCUAUAGCCCUACCAGCCCCUCCCCCUCCGCGGUCCCUGUGUUGUUCGCACUUUUGAAUUUAUGCGUUAAACCCGAAUUAAUAUUUUGAAUGUUCAUGUAAAUUUUAUAAUUGCACUCCUCCCGCCACACCUUUUAUUUCAGGCUUUCCUGCGGCAAUGGUCACUUUAUCGCUCAGUGUUGCUGCCGGGAUGGACGGAAUCACAAGUUUUGUCAGCGAUGAAUAGUAAGAAGUGAAGUGCUGAAAAGUAGAAUACGUAAAGAUACAUCGUUUUCGUUUACCUAUAAGAGUGAAAUACCCAUACCCUUUCUCGUAUAUACACCAUUUGCCCUUCGUUACGGGGAAAUCAGUUUUUAUUAGUAUAGGUAAUGGCAUGAUUUGGCUCAUCCUCGGUGUAAAAACCUGUGAAACUCACGAGUGACGUAAAACAAUGAAUACAAAGAAGCCACUGAGAAGUCAACACACUAGAGCCAAGGAAAAUAAUAGCUAGAAAACAAAGAAAAACUUCACAGGUUUUUACACCGAGGUAAGCCCCAUGAUUUGUUGUGAUAUUUGGCAUAAAUACCACGAGUGAUAUUUCGACAUUGUUGUACGUUAUUUCACGAGCCGUUAGGAGAGUGAAAUUUGAGACCUCUUUGAAAUAUCACGAGUGGUAUUUUUGCCAAAUAUCACGCACAAAUCAUGCUAUUAUUUGUUUAUACUACUACCCCCAAGAGGUUUGUAAUUUUCACAUGUAGGUAUUUCGAGUUAAGCUGAAAUACCACUGCUCUAAUAUAAGCCAAUCAAAUUGCAGAAAUUUCUCAUGUAGUAGUAUAAACGUGUAAAUAUUAUUGAUUUUAAUAAAUUUAUAUCAACAGUUUCGCCAAGAGAGCAAACAUUUAAUUUUGUAGCAUAGUCAUUAAGGAUUUUUUCAUAAAUAAGGCCAAUUUCUAUAGCAGUUUAUCGAAAACAAUAUUCUUUAGUGCGAAUGGAGUUUCAUUUUGCUUGGGUGAAUGUUCGUAUAUGAGAAUAGAUAUAUCAGUUAACAUUUGUCCUUUUCAUUUCCAACACGCACACACACUGGAAGAUUUUAUAAUUUAUUUUGUUUUCGUUUUAGCUGCUGGAUUUCUUCUUCUAACGGAUUGAUCUGGAUAUUCAUCUCGUUUGUUCUUGCGAUUGAGAUCGUAAGUUCAGUCAAUAUUUUUUUUUUAAUCUGAUAAAAAAAAUAGUGACACAAAAACGCACUAAAAGAAAAACAAAGAAAUUGGUUUAAAGGAUUUGUUUUAACGACAAAGAUUACCUCAGUCACCAUCACGUGAGCGGUGUUGUGAUAUUCCAAUUUAGGUUUUCUAUUUUCUCAACUCUGUUAUUUUUUUCAGAUAAACUUGUUGAUUUUGGUGAGAGUUAUAAGAGAAAUGACAAGAAUGGAACAAACAAAGGACAACCAAGGAGAACAGAUAAGGUCUCACAGAUUUUAUUGCUUGUUUUAACAGGCAUGUGUAAGUACAUGUAAUAUACUGCAUUUGUUACGCGCCCGGCUUGAAUGAAGCAAAGAUUCCUUUUGAGAACAAAACAUUGUUUGGUCGUUAAGUGGUCAUGUCAUUACAUUAUCACUACUCAAACUGCUCUAUUGUGUUCCCUUCGUUUUUAAUUGACGACACAAUGACUUAGCUGCAACAACACCAUCGGCAUUCCACUGAUGGCGGGCUAGGCUAAAAAAGUUGGGACGUUGGAAACAACGAUUCGUCUGUUUAUCUUCGAGAUUUAUAUAUAUCUAAUUGAAUAUCUUAUUUAUUUUGCAGACUUGGAAUCAGAGCGUGCGUGGUGCUAAUUCCCUUACUUGGGGUCACGUGGUUAUUCGGCGCAUUAUCGUCAACCCACAAAGCAUUCGCUUACAUUUUUGUUAUCUUCAAUUCCACUCAGGUGAGAUGCGAGCCCCCUUCUUUGCGCACCUAUUUUUUAGCUUAAAAAGGAAAUACUUAAUCACAAAUCAAAGCCAAGAAAUUAAAAGAAGAUAAGGCAAAGCUCGAAAUUAUUUCACUUAAGAUGGCCAAGGAUUAUAUAAGUACAUUUUUUGGAAAACUUUGGUGACAGUCUUUCUUAUUUUCCUACCCGCAGGGAUUUUCCAUCUUUCUUCUUCACUGUGUGAGAAAUAGUGAGGUAAGGACAAAAUGUUAAAUGAUUGCAAAUUUUAUCAUCUCGUGUUGUCGAAUUAUAAGUUAAGCAAUGUUUUUAGUAACUCGGAUCCAAACACAGAACCAAAAUCACAAGGAAUUUGCGAUCAAACCCCUCGAUUACGAACACCUGUUUAUUACGGAAAGUUCUCAUGACCCAAAAACACCAAUAGCACCAGAGACAGUUGAUAGCGGAACCUCCGCGCGCGGGUGGCGGAGCCUCUAUUGCUAUAGAAAAUGGAAACCUAUCGAUCGAUACGAGAAAAUUUGGUUAUGACGUCAGCGUACGUCCGUCCGUCCAAACUUCCUUACGGACUUGGCAGGGAGCGAUCUUUUGAAUUAAUUGUCUUUGAUUAUCCCGCAGAUCAGAGAGAGGUUCAAAAGAAGAAUACGCGUGAUAUUUCCAGCUGCCAGCAAUGGAACUACAAGCGUUAAAAGACACUCUGACCUGAAUGGCAGCAGCAGCGGAAUCCUUUCCCUGCGAAAAAUUGAAGUUGUGCCCAUAAGUACCGAGAGCCUAGUGAAAUCACCAUGA